UCUCUCUCUUAUAUAAUCAGUAUGGUUCAUGUUGAUGCUGAAAAGCAUAAAGUAUUAGGCAACAAACUAUUUGGUGAACAUCGAUAUGAAGAUGCUAUUUCUGAAUACUCGACAGCUAUUAUAAAGGAUUCAAAUGAAAAGGUAUAUUAUACCAAUAGGGCACUUUGUUAUUCAAGAUUGGAAGAAUAUGAUAAAGUCAUUAAUGAUACCCGAAGAGCCAUUGAACUUGACAAUACAACAGUCAAGGCAUACUAUUUGUUGGGACAAGCGUUGAUACAUAAGAAACAACAUGCCGAAGCUUUAGCGAAACUGAAGAUUGCUUACGACUUGGCGAUGCAACAAAAAGUCAAAUAUAUCAACGACAUUUUACAAGCAUUAUUGAUGGCUAGGAAGAAAAAGUGGGAUGAUGAUGAAGUGGUACGACUAGAAAAGGAAUGUGAAUUACUGCGAUAUGUCGAGAAUCUAGUGGAAAAGGAACGUACUGAACAAUUGGACCAAAACAAAGAUGAUCCUGACAAAAUGGAUGAAAUCAAUUACAAUUCAGAUGAGCGAUUGGCUGCUAUUCAACAAGUAUUCAAACAAUCUCAACAUCAACCACGUCCUCCACUACCACAAGCUUAUCUUGAUCCAAUCAGUUUCAAUGUUCUCCAUCAACCUUAUAUCACUCCAGAUGGUAUCACGUAUGAACGACAAUCUCUCCUGGAACAUUUCGAAAGGAACGGUCAUUUUGAUCCCAUUACUCGAAACCCAUGUACCGAAAAGGAUCUUAUACCAAACCUCUCGUUACGUGAAUCUAUAGAAGAUUUUUUGAAGGAUAAUGGAUGGGCAGCUGAUUAUUGAUUCAUAUAUAUUCCAAGUGUAGUAUAGUAUGAUAUAGGUUUAAUUAUAAUGAUAAUUUAAUUACCAUACAUUAUGGUUUCAAACGUUUAUAUAUAUAUAUAUAUAUUGU